CACCAACAGGUAAUUGCUGUAAUUCAAUUCACCUGAUGGCGUGGACAUUAAAGAAGCUGCCAGCUAAAUUAGCUGUAUCCUCCUAGUGCUGCCAGUUUAGUAGAUGCCCAUGUGACAGUUAAAUCUGAAGAUAUUUUGUCAUGUGGAACCAAGCGUGCAGUCAGUCCCCUGAUGGGAUGACCGGCCAGAAAGCAGGGAUAAUAAAGAGGACAGCUCUUCAGAUUUUGCCCUGCACAGUGUCUCAGCUGCUGGCUGCUUCUCAAGUCAGCAGUGAUAACUUUGCAAUCUGCGACUUGGAGCUCAACCAGGUGUCGGUAGUGGGCAUCAUCAGAGGAUUGGCCCCCUUUGUGACAAACAUCCAGUACUCUGUGGAUGACAUGACUGGUCCACCUUUAACUGUGAAGCAGUGGGUUAACACAGAGGACUGUGCUCCGAUGACGUAUGCCUCUCCUGGAACGUACGUGAGGGUGACGGGAAGUCUGCGCAGCUUCAAUGGUCAAAGGUCAUUGCUGGCAAUGAAUAUCCGUUGCAUCGAGGACCCGAAUGAGAUCACAUCCCACACGUUGGAAGUGGUACAAGCCCAUAUGCAUCUUUUUGGAAAGGCGUUUGAUGUGAAUAUGAACACCACUGCUGCCUCACUGUCUGGAAGAGUCCUCGGGCAUCCUGAAGGCCUCUCGCCAAACGAUAUGUCCACCAUCCAGAGUGAGGUGUUGCAGGUACUUAGGGGGUUCUCUGACUGCGACCCCGGCAUCGGUUUCCAUGAACUGCAGACUCAGCUGGACUACCUCAGUCCGAGAGACAUCAGAGCGUCCUUGACCUUUCUGAUAAAUGAAGGUCACGUCUUCUGUACCAUUGAUGAGCAUCAUUUCAGGUCGACGGAACAUUAGCGGGCUACCUGAAGGCUGUGGUGAGACAUCAGAGACAUCACAGUCUUGGAUUAAAGCUGAUCAGGACGCACACGCUACCCACAUUUUUAGGGUGAUAUAAAUCUUAAUUCUUUUUGGUUAAAUUGAGUCAGUUAUGACGUUCUGUAGCUGAUGGCUUUAUCUGUCGUCGUCGUCUAAAGAUGUUGAACCCACGGGCAGAUAAGGACACUGUUACAGGGUUUAUAGUGUAUCAUU